GAGAGAGAGAAGAAGAGAAUGUCGUCCACAGGAAUGGCGAGAUCGAAGGGGAGCUUCUGUAUCACUCUCUCCAGAAUUCUAUCAUACGCCCAUGAGAAUGAGAAAAAAAAAAAAAGGAAAAAGUAAAAUCAUUAUUUAUUUAUUUUUUUGUUGUCUUCUUGAAAGGAAGGUCUCAUAGCUCCGUCGAACGGAAUUGCACAAGAGGGAGCUAGAUCCACAGGGUUCUUACGGGAUGGCUGAAAACGUAAUGGUGGAUUCUCAUGUAUGGGUGGAAGACCCAGAAGUGGCAUGGAUUGAUGGGGUUGUAGUUGAUAUAAAGGGUGACCAAGCUACUGUUAAAACCAAUGAUGACAGAGAGGUUGUUGCUAAUUUAUCAAAACUCUAUAUAAAAGACGAUGAAGCUCCUUCAGAGGGAGUAGAGGACAUGACACGAUUAUCUUAUCUGCAUGAGCCUGCAGUCCUCGAAAACUUGGCUAUCAGAUAUGGGCUGAAUGAAAUUUAUACUUAUACAGGAAACAUUCUUAUUGCUGUCAAUCCCUUUCAAGGACUCCCGCAUCUUUAUGAUGCUGAGGUUAUGGAAAAGUACAAGGAAGCCUCGUUCAAAGAGUUGAGUCCUCAUGUUUUUGCAAUUGGUGGCAUUGCAUACAGGGAAAUGAUCAAUGAGGGCAGGAAUAAAUGUAUAUUGGUUAGUGGUGAAAGUGGGUCUGGAAAGACAGAAACGACUAAGGUGCUCAUGCGGUACCUUGCAUUCUUUGGAGGGCAUACUGCAGGUGAAGGAAGGACGGUUGAAAACCAAGUUUUAGAAUCAAAUCCAGUUCUCGAGGCCUUUGGAAAUGCAAAGACUGUUAAGAACAACAAUUCUAGUCGUUUUGGGAAGUUUGUGGAGAUUCAAUUUGAUGACAUUGGUCGAAUAUCUGGGGCAGCCAUCAGAACCUACCUCUUGGAGAGGUCCCGUGUUUGCCAAGUUUCAGAUCCUGAACGGAACUAUCACUGCUUUUACCUCCUUUGUGCUGCUCCUCCAGAGGAUGUUGAGAGAUUUAAAUUGGGGAAUCCUAAGUCAUUUCGCUAUCUUAACCAAUCUAGCUGCUACGAACUUGAUGGUGUAAAUGAUGCAGAGGAGUAUCUUGCUACUAGAAAAGCUAUGGAUGUAGUUGGAAUAAGUGAAAAAGAACAGGAUGCAAUUUUUAGAGUUGUUGCUGCCAUUCUCCAUCUUGGAAAUAUUGAAUUUUGCAAAGGAGAAGAUGCUGAUUCAUCAUCUCUAAAAGAUGAACAGUCAAAGUUUCAUCUCCAGAUGACGUCAGAAUUGCUCAUGUGUGAUUCCCAUUCCUUAGAAGAUGCUCUGUGUAAGCGUAUGAUGGUCACCCCAGAAGAAGUUAUCAAAAGAAGUCUUGAUCCUCUUGGCGCUGCCGUUAGUAGGGAUGGUUUAGCAAAGACAAUAUACUCUAGACUCUUUGAUUGGUUGGUGAACAAAAUAAAUAUCUCUAUUGGCCAAGACUCUCAAUCUAGGCGCUUGAUCGGAGUCCUUGACAUUUAUGGUUUUGAGAGCUUUAAAGCCAACAGUUUUGAACAAUUCUGUAUUAAUUACACGAAUGAAAAGCUGCAACAGCAUUUCAACCAGCAUGUAUUCAAAAUGGAACAAGGUGAGUAUGAGAAAGAAGAAAUAGAUUGGAGUUAUGUGGAGUUUGUAGAUAAUCAAGAAGUUGUGGAUCUGAUUGAAAAGAAGCCCGGUGGUAUUAUUGCUCUUCUAGAUGAAGCAUGCAUGCUACCCAAAUCAACUCCUGAAACAUUUUCUGAGAAGCUGUAUCAAACAUUCAGGGAUCAUAAGCGCUUCAUAAGACCAAAAUUGACUCGAUCAGAUUUUACAUUAGUUCAUUAUGCAGGGGAUGUUCGGUACCAGUCCGAUCAAUUUUUAGACAAAAACAAAGACUACGUUGUUGCCGAGCAUCAGGAUAUGUUAAAUGCUUCCAAGUGUUCUUUUGUGUCAGGCCUUUUUCCUCCUCUUCCUAAAGAGAGUAGCAAAUCUAAGUUUUCCUCCAUUGGCGCUCGUUUCAAGCUACAAUUGCAACAGCUGAUGGAGACACUGAACUAUACAGAACCGCACUACAUUAGAUGUGUGAAGCCAAACAACUUGUUGCAGCCAACAGUGUUUGACAAUGCCAAUGUCUUGCAUCAGUUACGCUCUGGGGGUGUUCUUGAGGCAAUCAGAGUGAAGUGCGCUGGAUAUCCAACAAAUAGAACCUUCAUCGAGUUCUUAAAUAGAUUUAUCAUUCUUGCACCGGAGAUUCUGAAAGGAGAGUACGAAGCAGAUGUUGCAUGCAAGUGGAUUCUGGAGAAAAAAGGGCUUACAGGUUACCAGAUUGGAAAAACCAAAGUUUUCCUGAGAGCUGGUCAGAUGGCUGAGCUAGAUGCACACAGAACAAAAGUGCUCGGCGAAGCAGCGAGGAUGAUUCAAGGACAAGUUAGAACCCGUCUGACAAGAGAACGAUAUGUUCUCAUGCGGAGGGCUUCAGUUCAAAUACAGGCUAAUUGGAGAAGAAAUCUAGCAGGAAACAUAUGCAGGCACAUGAAAAGAGAGGAAGCUGCCAUCAAAAUACAGAAAAACUUACGUAGACAGGUUGCAAAGAAAGAGUAUGGAAACACCAAAUCUUCGGCAGUCAUCUUGCAAAGUGGUGUCCGGACAAUGGUUGCACGCCAUGAAUUCCGUUAUAAAUUGAAGUGUAAGGCAGCAACUGUGAUUCAGGCGUACUGGCGUGGUUACAGUGCUUUAUCUGACUACAAGAAACUGAAAAAAGCUUCUCUGGUUUAUCAAAGUAAACUCAGAGGACGAAUUGCCAGAAAACAGUUGGGACCUUCAAAUCAGGCUGACAAAAAGAAAGAGACAGAACAUGAAAGAGAGUUGGAACUUUCCAAUAGAGCGGAAGAAGCAGUUGGUUCAGAGCCAAGUGAUGAUGCGGAGACUGGAGAGGAACAAUACCCGAAAAUCUUCAUCCGAGCAGAUAGUGGACUUGAUAAGUCCUUUGUAGUGCCUUCAGAGCAAAGUGGUGAUGAUGAGAUAGAACAUGAAAGACACACAAAACGUUCCAUCCAACCAGAUGAUGGAAUUGAAAAAUCCCUUGUUCAUGAUUCAGACCAUUCCAUCCUAACAGAAGAUGGAACUGAAAAGUCACUUGUUCUCGAUUCAGAGAAGCAUUACAACAACUUUUCUGUUGUAAGCCAAAUAACAAAUCCUAUUCGUGAUACUGAAGUUGAAUCCCUCACUGCCGAAGUUGAGAUGUUGAAGGCCUUGUUGCUAGUUGAGAAACAAAGAGCUGACAUUUCCGAGAGAAAAUGUUCUGAAGCUCGAGAACUUGGUGAGAGAAGACGCAAAAGAUUAGAAGAAACAGAAAGAAGAGUUUACCAACUACAAGACUCUUUGAACAGUGUAUUCCAGGUUGUUAUAUUCUAUGUCGGACCAAUUCUCGCAACUAAAGUCCAUCUUAAGAUCUCCUUCUAUGUCUUCAACGAUGGCUACAGUGCCAGUUGUACGUGAUGAUCUUGGUGACAGCUCAGAGAACUCUGAAGCUUCAUCAAGUGAUUCUGAUUUCACUUUUCCGGCUCCAUCUACUUCUUCUGCAGAUAACUCAAAUCUGCAAGUCAUAGUUCAAGAUCUAUCAACCACAGAAGCCAAAGGAACAGAGAACUUUGACAAUGAUAAGGAAAGGGGGUUUGAAGAUUACUUUUGAUGAUGAAGCACCGAUUUGAUCUUCACCAGAUAUUUUGAAGUGCUGAUAAUCUGUUUAUUUCAUUGUUGUACCAGAGGGCAAGUGUCUUUGUGUUUACAAUUAGUUCAGGUUCUGUGUUUUAUGCUUACAAAAGCUAUGUUUGUUUUCUCAGCUAAUACAAUUGUUACUUGAUUCUACAGUAGAAUGAUUCAUUUGCUUGUUGUGCAAAUGUG